CCUUCCUGGUUAGGGCCUCGCUACACAUCAUGAGCCCCACACACGCUUGACUGUGACAGAAGAGUGAGUGCAAUAAGGACAGACAGCAGAGAAGUGGAAUGGAAUGGUGGGCGGAGUUAAAGUUGAAUGACAGGUAGAGAGAGUCGGUUGGAAAAUGACAGUUGAAAGGAGAGAGAUUUGGCUGUGAGAGUCUGAGGGAAAGGGGGAACAAGAUGAGAGGCAUAAUUGAAGUAUAUGUAACAGAGUUAGGACAGUUGUUCUUAAAGAACAAGCGUGACAACUUUGUUUGGGUCUGAGGAGAGAAAUUAAAGAAUGCCCUGUAACAAAGCACCCAGGUCAAAAGAGGCUUGUAAGGAUGCAGCUAUGGAUCUUGACUCAAUAGACUACUGGAGGAUAAAGGAGGUACUGGAGAUGACACGUCUGGAAGCGGAACAGAGGAAGAAAACGAAAGAGAAUCAGAAAGAAUUGGAAUUAAUGAUGAAGGACAAUAAAAGAAACGAGAGAGAGAUGGAGCACCAGAAACAGAUAGAAUGGGAGCAGAGGAACAAGUAUGAAUUAGCGAUGUUUAGAAGGGAAAUAAAGGAGAAACAGGUUGCCAGAGAAUAUGAGGAGGUAGGAUCUGUGCAGAGUGUGUCCCAAGCAGGCCUUGCAUUGAAUGUUCCAAAGGUAGAGCAGUUUAUCUUGGAGAAACGAAGAUUGCCUGAGAGCCAAUUUAUGCCAGAAGUGGGAGAUGCCACUAGUAGUCCAAAGAGGCCAAUUGAGGCCUGCAUUUUGCCCACUGGUGGAGGGGAUGAGCCUGUCUUCUUGGAAUUGGCUGAUAAGGCCAAGAUGCCCAAAGCCAUAGGGGGGAAGCCAGCUCAAGAGUCGGAGCGCAUUCAAGAAAAUGUAGGACGUCUGAAAGAAGAGCUCACAGUAGCCAAUGCUGCAAAGGCAGAGCUACAGUUAAAGCUGGAUGAGCUACAGACAUCAAUAAAGUAUUCUGAGAAAAAAUGGGAGGAUGAAAAAGAAUUCUUGCAUAAUCAGAACAUUCAGUUGGCUGCAGAACUGAAGGCAAAAACAGAUGAACUUCUGGUUCUUGCUUGGGAAAAAAGAAGUGAAAUUGUGGGUCUUCAGUAUGACCUGGAGAACAAGAGAGAAGAAGUGUCCUGCAUGGAAAAGGAAGUCAGUGAACUGAAAAAAUCAAAUGAAAAUCUACGGAAACAGGUGGCAGAUCUUUUAGUAGAAGUGAAGGAGGCAAAAAUACAGCAGCAAGCUAGCGUGGAAGAGAGACCCCACAAUGAACAAAACACCCAUAUUGAGUUGUCUAAUUCAUACAAGAGUUUUGCUGAUGAAUGGGAGACAAAAUGCAAAGCAUUAUGUCAAGGUAUACAGGAACUGUGCAAAUAUCUGAAAGGUGCAAGUGAAGCUAAUAAGGAAAUACAGGGCCAUUUGGUUGAGAUGCAACAAUACAUGGGGGGAGGGGAAAUAAAGGAAAAGAUGCAUUAGCUGGAGGAAUAAUGGAACAAUGUGAAUGAUCUUGUUUCAGUCACCAAAUGCAUAGUGAUCCUCUUUCCAGAGGCUGUGAUUGUUCCAUCCCUCCAAGAGUCUGCAGGCAUUUUUUGAAUCAGAGAUUAUGGAUAGUAAUCUUGCUGUGCUGAAGCAGAAAGGGAACUUGCAUGUCUGAAUAAAUGGCAAGGCCAGCAAAAGAGACUGUGAAAUUAUUCUUUAUAGUUGUGGGAAAGAACUGUGUGUUAUUUAAGUCUAUAACUUGACAAGAUGCUGGAAACAGAUAAUCCAGGCAAAGGAAUGUGGGUGCAAGCUAGGGUUGUACAUAACACCUGGGUAUCUAAAUGAAUAUGUAAGUGGCAUUUCACCAAGGCAAGCAACUGUCAGCCUUGCUGGAACUUUGAACAAUGGCUAUGUGAAUCCUAGAAGGGGCUGCCUUUUUUAAAAAAAUUGCUCCAUGUGAAUCUGGAUUAAAUGUGGACCUUGUUCCUGGGCAAGUGACUCCCCCUCCUAGUUUGAACUGUCAGUCCUUUUGCUAUUAAGGCUCUAUGUGGGGUCCAAUAAGAAAUUUGAUGAUGAUAUUAUUCAUUUUUGAUACAAUUGUCUCAAGGUGAUGUACAAUAAACACAGCAAAAACAGUUUAGAAACAGCACAAAAACAGCAUAUACAUCUAAA